AUGGCCAACAGGACAAUUGAUUCUUUUUUCAAGAAAAGACGUCUAGAACCAAGUGGAAGUGGUGAAACUCCUUGUCCUCUUCGUGAUUCUUCUCCUAAGCAUCAAACAAAGAAAUUUUGUAGAGCUGAAUCAUUAGAGUUUGAUAUUUCAUCCAUAGAAUGUGAUCCUGGAAAGCAAAAAUCCAUUUGGGAAUAUCUAAAGCAUCAAAGGGAUGAGGUACGGAGAGCAUAUAUUAAGUUUGGGCUAUACCAACCCGAGCUUCCGAUUGAAUCAAUGGUUGUUGACAAGAAGGGCCGACGUUUCCUUUUCUCUUGGUAUAAAUUGUUUCCAGAUUGGUUGGAAUUUUCUCCAACAAAGAAUGCUGCCUUUUGUCUUCCUUGCUCACUUUUUUCCAAGCCAACAGACCAUUUUGGAUCAAUGGCCUUCACAACUAGUGGAUUUAGAUCAUGGAAGAAGGUUGCAAAAAAUCGGUUGCAACUUCAAGUUUCCAUAGAUGCUGCAAAAUGGUGUGCAUUUCAAGCGGUGGCUUUUAGGGGUCAUGAUGAAAGUUUAGAUUCUAACAAUCGAGUGGCUGCUGUGGUCCUUGAUAAUGCUCCUCGAAAUGCAUCUUAUACUUCUCCUACGAUCCAAAAGGAGAUAUUGUCCAUUUGGUCAAGCAAGAUACAAAAGUAUAUUCGAGAGGAGAUUAGUGAUUCAAAAUUUUCUAUACUUGUUGAUGAGGCUCAAGAUAGAUCAAAAAGAGAGCAAAUGGCUAUUGUUCUUAGAUUUGUGGACAAGCAAGGCUAUAUUCGAGAGAGAUUUUUUGACAUUGUUCAUGCGCACGAAACCAAUUCCUUGACUUUGAAGAAGGAGAUAUGUGAUGUACUUUCUCGCCAUAAUCUUAGUGUGCAAAACAUUCGUGGCCAAGGAUAUGAUGGAGCUAGUAACAUGCAUGGAGAAUGGAAUGGACUGCAAGCAUUAUUUAUUCAGGAGUGCCCCUAUGCAUAUUAUAUUCACUGUUUUGCUCAUCGACUGCAAUUAACAUUGGUAGCAACAUCUCAAGAGGUCGAGGAAGAAUUCGAAAACAAAAUGAUCCAAUUACACUACAGGAUUGAUGUGUUUUUGGCAACGGUUGAUUCUCAAAUACUUGAAAUGAAGAAUAGGUUUAAGGAAGAUGUAAUAGAGUUGCUUAUUCUUAGUUCAGCAUUGUACCCCAAAGAUAAUUUUCAGGCUUUCAAUAUUGAACGAAUUUGUCAACUUGCAAACAAGUUUUAUUCAGCUAACUUCACAAAUCAAGAGAAGUUACACUUAAGAACUCAAUUAGAGCUUUUCCAGAUUGAGUUUUCCUGUAAUUCUCAGCUUCAAAAUUUGUCAUCACUUCAGGAGUUGUGCCAAGUGUUAGCAAAGACAAGAAAGUCAAUGUGCUAUACUCUUAUUGAUAGGUUGAUUCGUCUUAUUUUGACUCUUCCUGUUUCAACAGCUACAACAGAGCGUGCAUUUUCUGCUAUGAAAAUGAUCAAGACUUGUUUGCAUUCUAGGAUGGAGGAAGACUUUCUUGCUAACUCUAUGAUAAUGUAUAUUGAGAAAGAAAUUGCUAGAACUUUUGAUAUAAAUUCAAUCAUUGAUGACUUUGAUAAAAUUAAAAGUCGCCGUGCACAAUUUCAUAUGUCCCACACAGUCAAAUAG